AUGCCGCCUAGGAAGUCAAUGGGACGGCCGAGAGGCGCAACUCCUGCUAGGGCAACGAGAGUCAGCACAGGCGCAGAUGUUGACACUCCUCCAAGCAGAAGAACCACGCGCCAAGCCACCCAGAAGGCUGCAUCUCAGAGCGGCGAGACACCAUCACCAAACAAUCCACACCUACCAGAUGUCCAGACUCGACAGUCAUAUGCCUACGGCGCCAAUGCAGGGCCUACCUUGCCCGAUACACUGGCUACCGAGAACAAGUACUCGAUCGAUGCAAUGGCGGGCCACAUCGAGGAAGUUGUCGACGAAGAAGAGCCUGAGCCCGUCGAGGAGCCUCGAGACGACGACGAAGAAGGCUCACAUCGAUCACAACUUUCUGACAUUGUCGAAGAAGAGAACGAUGAUGCGCAUGAGACUUCAUCGCAACCUUCGGCAUUCCCGAGUGAUAUCAUGGAUCACAGUUACAACUACGAGCGAGGUGUUCGGCGGUUACGACCGACCUUGGUUCAGCCCCCCGCUGCCCCUCGUCGGUCACCGGUCAAGCAGAUCUCACAGACUGCUCAAUCGGCCAGAGAUACUGCAUCACGGGUCACUGAUACUCUGAGCAAACGGUCGGGUCAGGCUGCCACUCAGAUAAGCGGUGCUGUCGCUGCCGCCUUCCACUGGGUCGCCGAUGUCGUAAAGGGCGCAUGCGAAUCGAUCUCAAAGCUGCCACUCUCAUCGCUCGGUGCCGGCCUCACCGCUGUGCUAGGCGUGCUCCUGGCUUUGGGUAUGUUGGGUAGCACAGUCUGCUUUUUCUAUACUCGAAUCGGCUGCAGUAUGAUUCCGACGACAGGUUUCGGCCACAAUGUCCACACUGGCUUUCACGCGAUUUGCGGCGACUGCCAGAUACCAAGAACUACCAUCGAUCUGACGAACAUAACUUCGGACGAUAUUCACAAGGUCUCAUCUACACUCUCUAACAUCAACAAGCAGAUCCAGGAUCUCGAACGGCGAUUAUCAUAUCGUAUUGACAGCAAGUACGGUACACUCGAAUCUGACCUCGUCCUGCUGAAACAGCAGCAAACUGCUCUGAGCAACCACCUCGCCGAUCACGUCGACCAACAGUCGGGUCCAUCGAGCGGCAAUGUUGCUUCUCCGCUCAUACCCAAGAUCAACUUCUUCGCCCCAAGUAAUGGCGCUGUAGUCGACCCGACCAGGUCCACACCCACCAAAGAAAAGCAGCCGUCCUUCUUCAUGCGCGCCCUCAAGCGCGGGCUCGGCAUGACUAAAUACCAGGCCCACCCGCCAUCUACAGCAGUCAUUGCCUGGCACGAUGUCGGUGACUGCUGGUGUGCAGCCAAAACAGUACCCGGCCAAGAUUUCAUUCGUCUCGCCAUCGACACCAAGGAGAUGAUCUACCCCACUGAGCUGGUGAUCGAGCAUUUCCCUGCCUCGGGCAAUCUGGACCGCGGCAGCACGCCACGCAAGAUCGAGCUGUGGGCCGACUUCUCGCAUUUCAGUGACGAAGAGUGGAAGCAGCUGCAGCUCGUUGAUAUGCAGGAGGGUAAUGUACUCGGCGGGCAGUACGCGCGGUUGGGAAACAUGAAAUAUGACGCUACAGGACGGACAAGCCACAUCCAAUCAGGGAUCUUGAACGUAAAUCAGUACGGGCUGGUGCAUUACGCGAAGGGCUUUGUAUUGCGGGUCACGGGCAAUUACGGCGGGGAAAAUGUCUGCCUGUACAGAGUGAGGCUGCAUGGGCAGCCGCUUGCAGCACCCCUAGCGGGUGCGGCGGAUGAGUGGUACGACCAACAGGGCUAUGAGGCCGAGGACGGUUAG